GUUUUGCUUGGAAAAUGCAGACCGAUAAUAGGUAACGACCCAAUUAUGUAUAUACCCAUGACUAUUUUUGAAAGAAGCAGAUUGUUACGAUGGCAAAUGGGCUGGCUCCCUGGAAAACCUAAACCUUGUACCAACUGCAACCGAAUUAAUGCGCUCACAACACGAUCUCAUGUCAACGAAUGUUUCCAAAUAGAUGCUAAUCUAAACAUGUACAUUGACUCAUUCCUCAACAAACUCCCUUCCACACCACCAAAAUCUUCCGCCUACAAAUUUUUCCUCAAGACACGCUGGAUCGUGCUCUCUGAUUUCCUUUUCCAACUUGAAUCCAUCUGCCUUCCCCCAGAUGAGAUCAUUAAUCCCGACUCUUCCAACAACCAACCAUUCAUAGACUGGAUUUAUUCCAGGUCG